CCAAAAAAUCCAACCCACCUCAUAAAAUUCCCUACAAAAACAGAAAAAUCACAACCCAUCAAAAUCAAAAGAAAACCACACGGCACCAACGGCCCUCUUUCUUCCUCCUCUUGAAAGCCCCAUUUCACCGGAAACCCCCUCACCAUCUAUGGGUUUUCUUUUAAGCCCCCUCCCACCAUGAAGCUCAAGCUCAGACAACGCAUAACCCGAAUGAAGUCCUUCCGCAAAAAACCCCUUCAACAAUCUUCUCUCUGCAGAAAACACUACUGUCUCCUCCUCUGGCUCUCACUCUCUCUCUACCUAUUCUUCCCGCCUUCAUCCUUGCUCAGACCAACCCCAUCCCUUGAUAAAACCACUCUCUCUCUAAAGCCCGCUUUCAGAUCCUCAGCCCUCGUAGAGCGAAGCCCGAGGUCCAAGCUCCCCUCGGUCAGAGUCUACGUCUACGACCUCCCCUCGAGCUACAACAGGGACUGGCUCUCGGACCCCAGGUGCGGGUCCCACUUGUUCGCCGCUGAGGUGGCGAUCCACGAAGCCCUGCUUACUUCCGGGUUCAGGACGACGAGCCCAGACGAAGCUGAUUUCUUCUUUGUUCCCGUUUACGUCUCCUGCAACUUCUCUACCGUCAACGGGUUCCCUUCUUUGGCCCACGCUCGCCCUUUAAUCGCCUCUUCGAUUGCUGAAAUCAAAACCAAGUAUCCGUUUUGGAACCGGACCGACGGCCGAGACCACAUGUUUGUGGCCUCCCAUGAUUACGGCGCUUGCUUUCAUGCGAUGGAGGACGUGGCUAUCGCCGACGGAAUUCCUGAGUUUUUGCGGCGAUCGAUUCUGCUGCAGACGUUCGGGGUGACCUCGCCGCACGUGUGCCAGGAAGCGGAGCACGUGCUGAUACCGCCGUACAUACCGCCGGAGUUUCUCCGAUCUCCGCCGCCGGAGACGGCGAGGAGGGACAUUUUCGUCUUUUUCCGGGGGAAGAUGGAGGUUCAUCCCAAAAACAUCAGCGGACGUUUCUACAGCAAGAAGGUGAGGACGGAGAUCUGGAACCGAUACAGCAACGACCGGAGGUUUUAUCUGAGGCGGAAACGGUACGACGGGUACCGGUCGGAAAUAUCGCGAUCGGUGUUUUGCUUGUGCCCCCUCGGGUGGGCCCCAUGGAGCCCGCGACUGGUAGAGUCGGUCGCCCUCGGCUGCGUGCCGGUCAUCAUCGCCGACGGAAUCCGUUUUUGGCCGUCGAUUUCGUUAACGGUGCCGGAGAGGGACGUCGGGAGGCUGGCAGCAGUCCUUGAGCACGUGGCGCAGAGCAAUCUUACCGCGAUACAGCGGAAUCUGUGGGACCCCGCGGUUAGAAGGGCGCUGAUUUUUGGCCGUCGGAUUGAGGAGGGAGAUGCCACGUGGCAGGUGAUGAAGGCAUUGGAGGCGAAACUCGGUCGGAGUCGGAGGAACAAGGGAGCUAACCAAUUAGAUGCUGACACGCGGGAGGAGUGAAUAUCUGGGUGUCAGCCGUCAUUGUUGAGUGUUGUUGUCCACGUGGCAGCAUGUGAUUGGUGGAUAUUUAGGGUGGGAUGCAUUGUGUCUUGAACAGAGCGACGACAAACGGCAACGCGGUGUGGAUAGAUUUGAGGAUUUUAUGCAUUUUUUAAAUAAUUUUUUUAUAGGUAGAAACAAUAAUAAUACGAUGAAUAAACAAUAGAAGAAGGAGAAUUUAUACAGAGGCCCAACUUGAGUUUUGAAUUGCCACAAUGAUAAGGGUAAGUUCCAACAAACCCCCCCUUACAUUUGGGUGUUUCUCAGAGAGCUCCCUAACUUUUAAAAUGCCACGAACAUCCCCUAUGUUUUGGGUUUCUCAAAAACUCUCAUUGGACUUGUAGAAGCGUGAACCAAAACUUUCACUUUAUGUAAUUUUACUCACCCAUGCGACCAUUGCAGCUAUCGCCGUUAUCAUGGACUUUUGAAGAAUGUCAAAAGUUGAAGAGGUUUUUAUGAGAAUCU